AUGUUGUUCUCAUCAGCUCUUUUCGCUUUCGUGACCGUUGCCAGUCUAGCCUCUGCACAGGUUAUCAACCCUCAAGAUGUCGACGAGGCCACCAGAGCCCAGUGGUGUUUGGCUCAGCAGACCUCUUGCCCCUUGAUCUGUCUCCAGCUGCGAGGAACUACCGAGACUCCCUCGGCCAACGACUGUGACCCAGAUACCCUCGCCUUCGACUGCACAUGCAGCAACGGUAUGACCCCCAACGCAACUGAAUACUCCCAGACGAUCCCAUACUUCCUCUGCACCGAGUCCAACAACAAGUGCGUCAAGGACUGCAACGGUGUCCACGCCUGUCAGUCUGCCUGCCGCGAAGACCACCCGUGUGGUGCCCAGAAUCCUACUCCACCAAACUCUACAACGAAGCCUACCAUGACAGCCACCCAGUCAGCUAGCUCCACUGCCUCGAGUGGUGCCGUCUAUACCGGUUUCGGUGACGGCUCUGCCUCCUCCACCGACACUCCAAAGAAGGGCAUGGCCGGUCAGCAGGUAUUGUUGCACGUUGGUCAGAUGUAUGGAAUGGCCGUCGUUCUGGGUGGGUUCCUUGCUGGCUUCGCUGUUCUUCUAUAA